AUGGAGAGGAAGAGGAAACUGCCCGCAAGGGCUGCUGCGCGCGUCGAGCACAUUGCGAAGAAGCGCACCGUCACCCCUCCCGAGCAUCGAUCCGUCACCCCAGUUGCAGCUCCCGUCGAGGAGCCCCCGCCGCCGGCACUGCCCAAAUCGAUCCAGCCCGGAAAGCCUUUGCCCACCGUCGAGGACCCCCAACCUGAUGAUCUUCCCAAUAAGGACUACCAGUCGUUUCAGGAGAGAUGCUACAGCGGUGUUAUGGCCGAGUCCCUUGCACGGUCGCGGCAUAGAUGGAUGGCCGAGGGCAUGUUCGAGAAGUACUGGACCAAGCCGUUGAGGAGGAAGGGCGCGACCGAGGAUCCCAAGAACCCGGCCAAAGAUACCAUGAGCAAGAUCGGCCAGGUGCAAAUUACCAUUGAGCCGCACGUCUUUGAGGCCACCAUGUGGGCUAUUAAGGACCCGAAGCCGCCUGCGCCCACUGCCCAGGCAACGUUCCGGCCAAUUCUGCAGUAUGGGCCCCCAAAUGGUGCCAUGCCGCCUCCUCCCACCCCAGCGACAACGAAUGCAAACCCUCCUAUUGCGCCAGCCGAGUCGAAGCCGACGCCGCCAGCCCCGACACCAGCUUCUCACUCGCCUGCACCCCAGCAAGCGCCAUCGAGAGCACCGUCUGCGCCGGCAACUGAGCCCCCCAAGCCAAUUCCUUCACCAAGGACUUUGGACGCUGCACGACCUGCAGUCGCGACACCACCUCCUCCCAGGCCAAUGGCUCCCGGAGCACCAGUUGCAGCGCCUGGGCAAGGACCAGUGCCUGCGCCAGGCACUCCGUCACACCUUCCCGGUCAGCCUGGCCCGUCACAUUCUAUGCCAAACUCACGACCAGCAAGCGCAACUCCGACGCCGGCAGCAGGAGCUGCAAAACCUGCGGCUCCCAAGCCUCAAGGCACCGACCCUAUCAUUAUGACGUUGGCCGAAAAGGCGUCAGAGGAUCCUAUGCUCCGCGAUCUAAUGAAGCGAGUUGCGGCAGGAGAAGCAAAGCCCGAUGAGCUUACUAAUUUCCAAAAGAUUAUUGACCAAAUUACGGUUGAGUAUAAGAGAAAGGGAGGCCAGCAGGGACCUUCAGCAGACAGAUUACUUGUCGACGGAAGGACCGUCAAGUACUUUGCUGAUGAGGUGCGCACCAUCCUGGACAUCGUGCUCUCAACGAACCCGCGCCAGAAGUCGAGCGAGUUGCUUCCCCCUCGGGGCAGUGAUCCUUUGGUAGUUGCGUUGGUGAGAUCGGCCUUGGACGAUAACAAAGUACGCACGAUGAUACGACGGAUAGCCGAGAACCAGCCGGGGUUCACCGACGCGACAGACCUGAAGGCAGUGCUUGACAAAUUGCACAAGGAACUCAAGGGCGGUCAAACUCCCCAGCCUCAACCAUCAACCCCGCAGACUCCAGUGAACGGCGUCCCGAACGGGCAUCCCCCAAAACCGGCCACAGCCCCUGUGCCUUCGCCGAAGCCAGCGCCGGCGGCAUCGCCCGCACCUCAAUUACAGCAUCCUCCGCAGCAGGCUUUGCGUUCCAAGGGUCCACCGCAGCCAGUGCGACCUGAGAUCUCAGGCGUCUGUCUGGACUUCACCGGCGGGAAUGGCGAUCGUUACCUAUUCCCAAAGUACAGCAUCCUGGAGUAUCUGCCAGGUGGUCAGCAGGUGGUUGCCUCAUUCUUGAUUGUCCGCAAGGGCAGCCAACUGGAGUACGGAGGAGACGCCAAGCUCGACUACUACCAACCCGUCACCAUCAGAAUAUUUUCCCCCUCUGGACGAAACCUCGACUAUCUUCAGAGAGUCGUCGCACCCCCUGACGAGGUCAGACGGUACAUGGAUGAUGUUAUGGACAACAUGACGCGGGCAGAAUACGUGCUCUUGGCCAUGCGCCUGCCUCGAGGCGAGCGUGAACCCGAGAAGGACGACAACGGCAAGGAAAUCGCCGCGCCACCAUCAAGACCCGAGUCCACGGCUCCUGAUGCCCCGGCCCCUAAGCAGCAGUCGGUGAUGUGGGGCCCCAUCACGUCCAAGUUUAUUCAAAAAUUCAACAAAAAGUGGUUUGAAGAGUGGAGGAAGCGAGAGAAGCAGCCAGCCGGCACGACAAAGUCUGACGAAAUCUUCAGAGAGGCUUGCCAGGCGAUUGGCCGCGAUCCUCUGGACAAGGAUAUAGAGUACGAGAAGAUGAUUGAGCUCCUGGCAGCAAAGGACUCGGAGUCGUCAUCCUCUUGA